CCAUCACAUCAACAAAAAAAAAUUCAUCGUUCAUCCUUACAUUUGAUCAAAAAAGCCUCCUUUUCAAAUCGAAAAAGAAUUAGGUUCGGUAUCGUUUCGGUAAUUAAUAUCUGAAUGAAAAUGUGAUAGAACAUCGAACGAAUGCAUUAACAACCCCGAUCCGUCGAUUCCGUUUGAAAACAAUCGAUUUACGAGGUGUUUUAAUACUCGAUGCUGAAAAACACACACAGAGCACCUUUCAUAAGCCAGUUCAUUUUCAUCAUUAAUAUACACGUACGUCAAAUUGGAGAAAAAUUUUCUUGGUUUUCUUCAUUUCUAGAUGCUGCAUGUUCACGUUGUGAAUGAUUCCAGAUUAAACCAAUUCAAUCAACUAUGAACCAACAACCGAUGAACCAGCAGCAAAUCAGCAAUUACAACGAAAUCCUAAUUUUCCAAGACGAAAAACAUGCGUGGGAACAGGCCAUCGAAUCAUACGAAGGAAACGUUCCGUUGGAUCUUUGGUUCAACUACGUCUGCUGGUAUGAACAGAAAAUGUCUCUGGACACGGAGAACAAAUACCAAUGGGCGCUGAGCAAAUGUUUGGCAACGUUCGAAAGCAAUGAGAACUACAAGCAGGAUAUCCGAAUGGUCAAAUUGUGGAUGAAAUAUAUAAACUUACAACCGAAUCCGCUAAACAUGUAUCAAAGGCUGUACGAACGCGGUGUCGGUACGCAAUGGGCUAUAUUUUACAUCGGCUGGGCCCAUUACUACGACAUAGCGAACGAAUUCAACCAAGCCGAAUCGGUGUACAAUCUGGGCUUCCAGGCUAAAGCAAAGCCCACCGCAGAUCUGGAAGAGGCUCAUGCCAAAUUUCGUCGUUCGCUUUCGCAGCGCCUCAACAAGGACAAUAAUUUGAUAAAAAAGCGCACAGUCGAUCAGAUGGUCGACCAACGGCAAAUGAUUGAAUCGAAUAGUGCGGCAGCGAAGCGAGCUAAAUUAGAUGAAGACAAACAGGAAUCGACUGCUUCCAAUUACAUUAAUAGUGCGGAGAACAGCGAUCCGUAUAAUUUGAAUAACAGUGCCAACGUGAUCACAACUUCACUGAAUUCGGUGUACGGUGAUGCGUAUGACUGUGAUGACCAAGACAGUUAUGACUCGUUAGGCAUUAAUAUACCGCCGAAUUUUGUACGUGUAGCUAGAAAUAAUCAUGAAUCGUGGACGGGUGCUUUGUGUCUGGAUGAGCCGUACGAGCCGAACAAAGUGUGUAAAUAUCGUAAAGAUUUAGUGUAUACGGGAAGUGCUACGGAAUACAGUCCGGAGGAGAUACGUGCUAGACGGUUUAGUCAACUGAUUAAUGUGUGCCGCGAAAGGAAUCGAUGCUGGGAAAUGGAGCAAGCUAUGAAACGAGAAGAGAAGGCUAGAAUCGAGGCCGAACGCCAUCGGAUUGAACAAGAGAGAUUGAGACAGGCUGAACUGGAGCGGUUACGGCAACAGGCCGAACAAGAACGAUUGCGCAUAGCAGCCGAACAAGAACGAGCCAGAGCAGCCGAAUAUGAACGGAUUCGUUUAGCUGAAAUCGAACGGCAAGCGGCGGCCGAACGACAGCGUCAACAGCAACAGCAGCAAGCGCAAGAAUUUCGACGACAACAGUUGUUGGAACAACAAGAGUUGGCUAGACAGGCGGAGUGUGAACGUGUUCGGUUUAGCGAGACCAGCUAUUCGGCGAACGGAUACAACAUACAGAAUACUGUCUCAUCAAAUGCAGCUAGUGAUGACAUUGAAGAGCAAAUCGAAGCAUCCACAAUUCGAUUUAGCACCGGCAAUGGCUUAUCCUCGAAACCAAAGACCAUUACAAUUAAGUAUCGCAGAGAAAAACCGUCGAUCGGUGGAGAUUUCAAUUCACCAAAAGUGCCUUCGCCAUCAGCUUCGCCACACGUAAAACCGAAAAAGGAACGGAAACGAAAGAGCAAGAAAUUGGCUGAGCUAACUGAAGCACCGGCGAACGGCAACGGUCAGAAUAAGGCAAACUAUUACGGGCAGACGAGCAAUCAUUACGACAACAAAUACCAUGAAAUGACGGCACCACACAGUAAUAACAUCGACGAUGCCAAUUUGCUGUUGAACAUCGCAAACAUCCAUUCAUCGUCGAACGACGACUCGUCAUAUUCAUACUCGUCAAAUUGUGCUGUUCCCGUGCAGUCGUCGUACUUGACCAACGACGAUUCGUAUUCAAAUUCGGAUUAUCCGUCUUCGUAUCCGUACAGUGCGGAAAACAGUAACGGAACGUAUCCAUACAGCAACAGUUCGACGCCGAUACGAAAUGUUGGCGGUCGCAACUACAUGAACGAUUCCAUGUCGAAAUCGUCAACGCCACACAAUUUCCGCAUACUGAAGAAACGCACGUCGGAUGUAUCCUACCAGAACGAUGAUUCGAUGUGCUCCAUUUCGGGCGAACAGAACUCAUUUUUCGCCACCGAGAACAGUGAGGAAUUGAAACAGAAACGGCUGGACAAGGCACUGUCUACGAUCGAAACACAUUUGGCCAAAUCAAAUUUGGAUCCAUUCAAUUCGGAACUAUGCAAGGCAUUCUUAGUCAAAAAGGACUUUCCGUCUCGUGAUCAUGACGACAUGUAUAAGCUGGUCAGUACGCCGAUAUCCAAAUUGCUGAACACCAAAAUUGCAUUGCUGGCGAAUAUUCCAUUCCAAAUUGAAAAGGAAGUGGGACGAGGGUCGUACGGCAGUGUUUUCAAAGCAAUCAACACGAACACAGGUGCUGUGGUUGCGCUUAAGUACCAAAAACCGCCCAACAAUUGGGAACUGUAUAUAUGCCGCGAAGUACGAAAGAAGAUCACCAACUAUGACAUGCUACUCGGAUUUAUGGACAUCUCAACCGCCAUAGUCGGUCCGAAUGCAAGCAUUUUCGUGACGGAAUUCUCUCCAUACGGUUCACUGUUGGACAUAAACAAUCGUAUUCGUCAAGCGACGACAAAGGUAAUGCAUGAGAGUUUAGUGAUGCAUUUUGCUAGUCAGAUACUGGCAAUUGUGAAUCAAUUACAUUCCUGCAAAAUUAUCCACGCUGACAUCAAACCGGACAACUUUUUGCUCAUGAAAAUACCUGAUCCGACAUCUCACCUGCCAACCAUUCGGCUGAUCGAUUUUGGAUGUGCAAUCGACAUGAACUUUUUCGAUGAAAAAACUCAAUUCAAGAAGAGAAUCGAGACCGACGGAUUCACAUGCACCGAAAUGCAGGACGGACGUUCAUGGUCAUAUCAAACGGAUAUAUUCUGUAUUGCCGGCACGAUUCACGUGAUGCUGUUCGGCGAAUACAUGCAAACGUUUAAGAAGUUCGGUCAGUGGGAGAUUAAGUCGAAGUUACCUAGAUACCUGAAAAAACACGUUUGGUCGGAUUUGUUUACGAAAUUCUUGAACAUCAAAGAUGUCAAUCAUUUACCUAAUUUGAUUGAUUUUAAAGCGCGCAUCGAUGACGAACUGUAUAACAUGGAAUCGGAUCUACAAUCGCAAAUUCGAACGCUGAAGAAUGUACUUCAUGGCCGUUAGAAGUAGGAUAGGCGCUUGCAUUAGCAGUUUAUCGACCGUAAAAGAAUUUAUUUAUAAAAAAGAAAUUAAUUUAAUUUAAGUAAAACAAUACCACCCAUCCGAAAGCGGGGGACGGUUUAAAGUGAAACCCUACGACGGGAAUUUUAAGCAUGUAAACAGCAAACAUAAAACUUCUGUUCGUCUUCCGUGAAAUUUUUGAUUUAUUUUAGUGUUUGCUUGAUAUUAAAUGGAUCUCAAUGUCCGCGAAAA